UCAUGUCCAAGCAUUAUCCUUUGAAGCCCCUGUCUGGCAAUGAUCUCCACCCUCAUGUGCCCAUGGUGGUCUGAUUCAAGCAGGGGUUGUGGUUUCCAGGGCAGGCGGUGGGUGUCGAGAAGUGCCCGUGUACUGAAACCAAUGAGAUGAGGUUUACCUGCACAUUCUUCUCCCUGGUUGGUCCAAGAAGAGAGAACAUGAGAGCUAAAGUGGCUGGCAAUGUUACUUGGAUCCCCAAACCUUCCUCUUGUUUCUACUACUCAAUCUGAAGUCGGCAACUUCCAGAGCUCAUCUGCAGCAACCUCAGGAUUACAUGCUCAAGAUCAUUGUUCCCGUCGAUGGGUGCAUCAACCAAAAAGGCAGAAAACAAAAAGGCUUCAGGGGAAUUUCUCUCUCUCUCUCUCUCUCUCUCUCUCUCUCUCUGUAUGGGGACUUGAACCAUAAGUAAUGCCAUUAAACUAGUGAAGAUUGGACAGGGGAUUCUGUAGCACUUCUCUCCCAGCCUAUUUAACCAUCCACACUUCCCAUUGGCUGAAGACCAUGGUUCUGAGGACCUGCUCUUUCUUGUUCUCCAUUUAAGGUAGGCAGGCCACGGACACUCUCAACAAUCUUGGAGAGGAGAGGGAGGCUUUCGCUUUGUUCUCGCUAAGGAUCUUUGGUUGAAGCUAUGGGAGUAAGGACUGGGACCUCUUGAACUAGUUUUCCCUGCUUUGCUUGCCAUCAGUGCCUCAGUAGCGUUUGUGUCUCGUGUUUAGAUCUUUGGCUGGGUGCAGAACAAGUUCCACGGGAGGCAGGAGAAGAAGAGCUUCGAUGCUGGAUCGAGUUCAGCUCACUAUCCUUCCAUGCCGAGUUCUCCGAAAGAAGAACUCAACGACUGGCCGCAGGCAUUGUUGUCGAUUGGGACGCUCGGCAACAGCGAGGUGAAGGGGGAACCACGGCGAGACGAGCACUCUCGAACCUUGGAUUCCUCAGAAGACUUAUCCAACUUCGCGAUCGAGGAAGUAACCAACCUGCAGAAAGAACUGAAGAAGCUGCUGUCACUCAAGUCGAAAACCAAGUCCGCUGGAUCGGAGUUCGGCGAAGAAGACAGAGCCAAGCUGCCGCUGAAUCGAUUUCUGAACUGCCCAUCGAGCUUGGAGGUCGACAGGAUCGCGAGCGCCAAGCUCGAGUAUCUGGACAACGACAACAAUGGCGACCUCUCGCCCAACACCAAGAUCGUACUGAGCAAGGUGAAGGAAGUGCUGCUGGGUAACCGCAACGCCAUCAGGAAGAAGUCCAUCUCCUUUCUUCUCAAGAGGAUGUUCGUCUGUGGCGGCGGCUUCGCGCCAGCUCCCGGCUUUAGGGAUCCCAUGCCGGAAUCAAGGAUGGAGAAGAUUUUGAGGGCAAUUCUCACCAAGAAGAUGCACCAACAAAGCUCCACUCCAUCUUCAUCGCAGAAAUACUUGGAGAACAAGCCAGUUGGGAGAUCGCAGGAAGGGGAAGCGGAGGAGGAGGAGGAGAAGAGGAAAGCUCAGUGUAAAUGGGUCAAGACGGAUUCAGAGUUUAUUGUUCUAGAGAUCUAGAGACACCAAUCGAUGAAGAUGACCAUGGUGAGUUCGCGCUGAAUGCUCUCGAAGAACACAUGCAGGCAUGCAAUGGAGGGUUACAGAGCACAUAAUAGGCUGUGUUGGAAAAGGCUUCACUUGUGCCAUAUAUAACAAACAAGUUGCACAUUUCUUAUCAUUAAUUUCUGAGGUGUCCGUCCGUAGGACAAUUCUUGGGAUAAUUCAGCC